UAUCCCUUCAACCAUUUUCUUUUCAACUUCACCGGUUAAAAACGGUGUACAUGUGCUUUGUUAACAAAUUUUAGAUAAGGUAUUAAAUUAAUAAUAAAACUAGAACGUUGAUUUAUAACCAAUAGAAGUUCUAAAAUACAUCCAAAAUGAAUACUGAAAAGUUGAAAAAACUACAAUCACAAGUACGUAUUGGUGGAAAGGGUACUCCAAGGCGUAAGAAGAAGGUGGUACAUUCUACACAAGCUACUGACGAUAAGAAAUUACAGUCGUCGCUCAAAAAGCUUUCAGUAAAUACAAUUCCAGGCAUCGAAGAAGUGAAUAUGAUUAAAGAAGAUGGUACAGUGAUACAUUUUAAUAAUCCCAAGACGCAAGCUUCAUUAGCUGCAAAUACUUUCGCUAUUACUGGACAUGGGGAAAAUAAACAGAUCACAGAUAUGCUACCUGGUAUAUUGAGUCAGUUGGGGCCAGAAGGCAUCACUCAACUCAAGAGACUAGCGAAUACAGUUGCUAAUGCGGGUGGUGUUGGUAAAAUAGUUCCUGAAGAUGAGGAAGAUGUGCCAGAUUUAGUAGAAAAUUUUGACGAAGCAUCAAAAGCAGAAGUGACGAAGAAAGAAGGAGAAGAAAAACCUAAAGAAAACUAAAAAUUGAUCGAGAAGUGUGUUUAUUUGUUAGUAAAGAAACCGUUUCGGCAUUGUUUUCUUGGUCUCGAUUUUUAGUUUUUACAUUGCAGAGAUAAAGCAUGUUUUUUGAUAUUUAUGUGUUGAAUCAUUGAAACUAACCCAACAAUUUUUGUUGACAUUUGGGCAUAUGUAUAGAAUAUUUCAUAGGAAAUACAUAAAUAUUCUAAUAUGGUGUUGCUUUAAAUCAUUUCACUAAAGUUAUAUUGUAAACUCUUAUGCAGGUAGAAAAUUUGGAUUCAAAACAUGCUUGCAGAUUGUUUCAGUUAUUUCGGUUUUUCAGCUGCUCUGCACCUAUAUCUCAAAAGAUAUUUUGUUCAUGGCUCUGCAUCUCAUUGUUGUCCAAAAUAUUUAGAUUUUUCCCAAAGGAGGCUGUUUUCCUGGGGGCUUUUGUCCCAUUUUCUUGGAAACAAUCUUUUUUGUAAUUAUUAAUUCUGAAAUAAUAUUUACUGAAAUUACAUGAGAACUAAUACAAUAUGUUAGAAUAAAAAAGAUUUAUCAAUGAAGGUGUAUUAUGGCAUAACCACAUUUAAAAUUUUAAUGUUUUUGAUAUGAAGAUUGAAUUCAAUGUGAAUAAUUGAUGUAAUUGUGAAAUCAGUCAGGUAAGUAACUGUCCGUAUUAACUCGAGGUUUGUGUCGCUGUUCUUAGUAGCAGUGCAGGAGAACUAGUUCACCCUGUUCACUGCUUGCACUGGCUCACGGAGUCACUACAUCAUCAUUGAACGAUUGUAAAAUAUCAAAAAAUAUCAUUCGGCGACAUCAUUUUUUAAAAUUCUUUAUUCUUAAAUUAUCGAAAACUUCAAGUAACAAAUCAUUUUCUUCAUAUUCUGAUCAUCAUAUUGACAUUGAAUAAUUUCAGUAUUUUUACGGUUGGUUAGGUUGUGCAUGACCUACCAUUCUGUUGCAGUGUGGAUCGAGCCUCAAUCGUAUUACGUAACAUUUCAAUCGAUAUUUUUUACAAUGUUACAUAUCGAUAAUUGAAGUUAUAAAAAUCCCAACCCACAAUUUUCCCCCUAAGUUUGGGGAGUUAGGUUGUUUUAAAUGACAAAAUGUAUUCCCAAAUUUCUAAUGAUUAUCUUUAACUUUUUAAUCAAAUCAAUAAACAUCUUGAUAAGUUGUC